ACUGUGCAGCAGAAUGACGUUUCUUCUGAAGACUAUGGUUGGUGGACCGAUGAAGCAUCUAGGAGGUGAAACAGAGCAGAAGGAGGAAGAAGACGGGAAGGAAACACCUGAAUCCAAAGGAAUGACCAGGGAGGAGUUUGAGGAAUACCAGAGACAGCUCGUGGAAGAGAAGAUAGAACGGGAUAAAGUGUUUGCACAGAGGAAAGCAGAACGGGCAACAUUAAGAACACAUUUGAGAGACAAAUACAGACUUCCACAGAGUGAGAAAGAUGAGAGUCAAAUAAAUAUAGUUGGUGGGGAGAUAGAGCUGCCUGAUGAGCUAGCAAAAAUGGUCGAGGAAGAUGAGGAGGAUGAAGAAGCUAAUGAUUCAUUCUUGGGGAAGUUACAGAACAUGGACUUUGAUUUCUUCAGAAACAAGGCACAAUCAACCUUCAAUGAAGUGAAAAGCACAGCUGAGGAGAAAUGUGCCAUCAUGUGAUACAUAAUCCACUGUAUGAUACAUCUCUUACUCUCAUGAAAAACUGACAAGGAGGAAAAACUGCCAUGGGCUCACCGAAGAGUAACGGAUCUGCAGAGAUAGUUAUAGCACUACUCUCAUU